AUGGCGCCGGUGAGGCGAUCGGCGAAGUGGCGGCCUGGUGGUAUUGAGGCGCGUGGUGAAGGGGUUUCCACUGUCGGGUACAGGAAUAAGAAUGUGAGACAGAAGACAUGGCGGCCUAACCACCCGCAAGCCUUCGUGGGGAGCGUUCGCGAGGGACAAGGCUUUGCUUUUCGAAGAAAACUGAGAAUACAGCAAAGUUACAAGAAAUUGCUACGGAAGGAAAAGAAGGCUCAAACGUCACUGGAAUCUCAAUUCACAGAUCGAUACCCAGAUAAUCUGAAACAUCUCUAUUUAGCUGAAGAGGAAAGACAUAGGAAGCAACCAAGAAAAGUCGACCAUCCUUUGUCAGAACAAGUUCACCAGCCGUUGCUUGAAGAACAGUGUAGCAUUGACCAGCCUUUAUUUGAAGAUCAGUGUAGCUUUGACCAGCCUCAGCCAGAAGAACAAUGUAUUGGAACAGUAAACUCCUUUACAAUUCCAAAGAAAAAUAAAAAGAAAACAUCAAAUCAAAAAGCACAAGAAGAAUAUGAACAGGUACAAGCCAAACGUGCUGCUAAGAAACAAGAAUUCGAGAGGAGAAAACAGGAGAGAGAAGAAGCCCAAAGGCUGUACAAAAAGAAGAAAAUGGAAGUGUUUAAAAUACUGAACAAAAAGACUAAAAAGGGCCAACCAAACUUGAAUGUACAAAUGGAGUACCUUCUUCAAAAAAUACAAGAAAAAUGUUAAACAUUUUGUUCCUACAGGCUAAAAUAUCUGCUGCCUAUUAGGUUCUUCUGUGACAUGUGCCUCCCAGCAGUGAACUAAAUUUGUCGACAUAAACUGGAUUGCUAAACUAUCCUAAAUAUAAGAUGUUCACAUAUUUUUAUUAUGGUAAAAAAUUUUCUAAAUAUGUUCUACAUAUGUUUCUUAUUUAUAUGCCUCUGAAGGAAGGUUGGCCUGAAGAACUGAAAGAACCUCUUAUUUUGCAAGACAGGCCCAAGCAUGUAAUACUUUUGUACCAUAUGAGAUUUAUAUGAAAUAAAUUUUUUUAAAAAUAA